AUGGCCUUGCAAUAUCCAUUGUUAUUUCCGUAUGGUGAGGAUGGAUUUCGAAAUGAAAUACUUAAAAAAGGUCUUGGUGGUGUUGUGCCUUUGACAGAAGAAUAUGUCACUAUGCAAGAAUAUUAUGCAUAUCAAUUACAACAACGUGAGAGUGAAGGUGAAACAUUGAUUCUUGGUCGUAGGUUGCGACAACAAUUUUUAGUAGAUGCUUACACAUGUGUUGAGGAGUACCGACUAAUUUGGGUCAGGAAUCAUCAACUUCAACUGAGAUCAGAGGUGUACUUUGGAAUAAAGGAUGCUGUAUUUAGAGGAGACACUACUCCUUCAUCUGUUGGGAAAAGAGUUGUUCUUCCUUCAAGCUUUACUGGAAGCCCUAGAUAUAUGAUUCAAAAUUAUCAAGAUGCUAUGUCAAUUUGUAGAUGGGCUGGGUACCCAGAUUUGUUUAUAACUUUCACAUGCAAUCCUAAAUGGCCAGAAAUUGAAAGUUUCCUUUCCUUAAUUCCAGCUCAACGGCCUGAAGAUAGACCGGAUAUUAUUGCAAGAGUUUUUAAGAUCAAAUUGGAUCAACUAGUACGUGAUUUAAAACAUGGCAAGCAUUUUGGAAAAGUAAUUGCAGUUAACUACACAGUUAAAUGGCAAAAAAGAGGCCUCCCCCAUGCUCAUAUUCUUUUGUACCUAUACCCAGAUGACAAACACCCCACGCCUGCGGAUAUAGACAAGAUAAUUUCUGCUGAAAUACCAGAUAAGAUUACAAAUCCAGGGGAUUAUGAAGUCAUUUCACAAUACAUGAUUCAUGGACCUUGUGGUUUUGCCAACCCAAAAUCUCCAUGCAUGGUUGACAAUAAAUGUAGGAAGCAUUUUCCAAAAAAGUUUUAUAGUGACACUGUGAUAGAUGAAGAUGGUUACGCAAUUUAUAGGAGAAGAGAUAAUGCGAUGACAGUUGAGAAGAAUGGUGUUAUGCUUGAUAACAGAUUUGUGGUGCCAUACAACAUUGACAUGUUAGUUAAAUACCAAGCUCACAUUAAUGUUGAGUGGUGCAACCGUUCCAAGUCCAUCAAAUACUUAUUCAAGUAUGUUAACAAGGGUUCUGAUCGAGCAACAUUUGUUUUGUAUGAAAACUUACACACAAGUGCUACAAGUGAAGCACAACAUAUAACAAACAUUGAUGAGAUCAAAACAUAUCUAGAUUGUAGAUAUAUCUCAGCUUCUGAAGCAUGCUGGAGACUUUUUGAGUUUGAUAUCCAAUAUAGAGAGCCUGCUGUACAGAGAUUAAGCUUCCAUAUUGAGAAUGAGCAGAAUGUUACAUUCAAAGAUUCAGACUACUUGGAUAAUGUUUUGGAAAGACCAGAUAUAACAAAAACAAUGUUCACUGAAUGGAUGAAGGCAAACAAAAUGUAUGAUACAGCAAGAAAUUUGACAUAUUGUGAUUUCCCUACGAAAUGGGUUUGGCAUAGAAAACAAAGAGAAUGGCGCCCAAGGAAAUCUGGCCGAUGUAUAGGGAGGAUAUUUCAUGCUCAUCCUGCAAGUGGUGACCGCUUCUAUCUUCGAAUGCUCCUUAAUGUGGUCAAAGGUGCAAGGUCUUUUGAGGAAAUUAGGACUAUUGAGCAUGUUGUGUAUCCAACAUACAGAGCAGCAUGCUACGCUCAUGGCCUUUUAGAUGAUGACAAGGAAUGGAAUGAUGCUAUCAAAGAAGCCUCUAAUUGGGCUUCAGGAAGGCAGCUACGAGAAUUGUUUGCAACGCUAUUGUUAUUUUGUGAAGUGACAGACCCACAUGCACUAUGGAUGGCUAAUUGGGAGUUGUUGUCUGAUGAUAUACUAUAUAGGCAAAAGCGUCUCCUAAUGUAUGACAACUUACAUUUGACAGAAGAACAAAUACAGAACCAUGCUCUUUUUGAAAUUGAACAAAUAUUAGUAAAAAGUGGAAGAUCUCUGAAAGAAUUUGAUGGCAUCAAAUAUCCAAAUGUGUCGACAAUUAGAGAAAACAACAACCGAUUGUUACAAGAAGAGUUGGAUUUUGAUAGGCUUGAAUUGGCUGCAGAACAUAAAAAACUUUUAAAUGAGUUAAAUGCUGACCAAAGAAAAAUAUAUGAUGCUGUAAUUCAAGAUGUGGCAUGCAAUAGCGGUGGUUUAUACUUUGUCUAUGGUCAUGGAGGAACUGGUAAAACAUAUCUUUGGAAAACAUUAAUUGCUUGCCUCCGUUCACAAGGGAAAAUUGUGCUUGCUGUAGCUUCUUCUGGCAUAGCAGCUUUGCUACUCCCUGGUGGUAGGACUGCUCACUCUAGAUUUCAAAUCCCUAUCAUUGUGACAGAGGAAUCAACUUGUGGUAUAAAACAAGGAACACAUGCUGCUGAGUUAAUGACAAAGGUGAGUCUUAUUAUAUGGGAUGAAACACCUAUGGCACAUCGUAAUUGUUUUGAGGCUGUAGACCGUUCAUUGAGAGAUCUACUUCGAUUUACCGACAAAAAUAGUGUUGAUAAAACUUUUGGAGGAAAGACAGUUGUAUUGGGUGGUGAUUUUCGACAAAUACUGCCAGUUAUUGCUAAAGGCCAUAGAGAAGAUAUUGUUGAUGCAUCAGUGAAUAGAUCUUAUUUAUGGAACUUUUGCAAGGUAUUUGUACUAACACAGAAUAUGCGUCUCCAACAACCUAAUGCUAAUUCCAACAACUUUGCACAAUGGAUACUCAAAUUAGGUAACGGAGAGCUUGGUGAAGUUGACAGCCAAUCAAAUAUAGUCAUACCCUCUGACCUAUUAAUUGAUGUUGGACAUGAUCCAAUACAAAGCAUUGUGACUACAACAUAUCCAAAUCUUCACAGCAACUAUGCAGAUGGAAAAUACUUGGAAGAGCGAUCUAUUCUAGCUCCAACAAAUGAUAUAGUCAAUGAAAUAAAUGACUAUAUCAUAGACUUGCUUGCUUCAAAUGAGGAGACAUAUCUCAGUGCAGAUUCAAUUUGUAAGGCUUCAAGAUACAUUCAGAAUGAAGAUGUGCUUUAUCCAGUUGAAUUCUUAAACUCCUUGAAAUUCCCUAGCAUACCAAAUCACAGAGUACGUCUUAAAGUUGGUCUUCCAGUAAUGUUGCUCCGAAACAUUAAUCAAUCAGCUGGCCUAUGCAAUGGGACUCGAUUAGUAGUUACUCGAUUAUCCAAAUGGGUGAUCGAAGCUAAAGUUAUAACUGGAUCACAUGUGGGAAACAAAGUCUUCAUCCCAAGAAUAGUACUCUCUCCAUCAGACACAAAAUGGCCGUUUGUUUUAAAGAGAAGACAAUUCCCAAUUUCUGUUUGCUUUGCCAUGACUAUAAACAAGAGCCAAGGACAAUCACUAAAACAUGUUGGACUUUUCUUGCCUAAACCAGUUUUCAGUCAUGGGCAAUUAUACGUUGCUGUUUCUAGAGUUACUACUAGGAAUGGUCUUAAACUCUUGAUAAUUGGUGAUGAUGGCAAAACCUCUUCAACGACUAAAAAUAUAGUCUAUAAAGAGGUCUUUAGAAAUAUACAAAUAAAUAUGUGA